AUAUUAUCUUUUUCAGACAUGAAAAGAAAACAAAAAAAAAAAAGAAAAAGAGAAAAGACACGUGCUGCCCAUGAAAGAGUUAGACCAUGAUAGCUUGUAGAAACUAACAACAAACUCCAAGGAUUUCAGGAUCAAUCUACAAUCUAAUUCAGUGGGUUUCAUUUCUUUUAUAUUAAUUAUUAUUACAACAAUAAAUUGCACAAAAAGAAAUUUGAUUAGGAUAAUCCAGUCCAGUCCAGUCCCUAAUUUACUCUCAAAUUUACAUAAAUAAAGAAGCCAAAUCAUGACUGGAAAGUUGAAUUGUGUGAUUGUGUCUGUUGAUGGAAGUGAAGAGAGCAUGAAUGCCUUGAACUGGGCACUUGAUAACAUUAAACUCAAACCCCAUGAUCCAGAUGAUCAAGAAUCACAAAGUGGGUGUUUUGUGAUACUCCAUGUUCAAUCUCCACCUUCCAUUGCUGCCGGUCUUAAUCCCAAAGCUAUCCCUUUUGGUGGUCCUAGUGAUAUUGAGGUGCCUGCAUUCACUGCCGCGAUAGAGGCACAUCAAAAGCGGAUCACACAGGCCAUUUUAGACCAUGCUCUUGAGAUUUGCGCCAAGAAAAAUAAUCAGGCAAAUGUUAAGACCCAAGUAGUUAUUGGGGAUCCAAAAGAGAAAAUUUGUGAUGCUGUCGAAGAAAUGCAUGCGGAUUUGCUAGUGAUGGGUUCCCGUGCUUUUGGUCCCAUUAAAAGGAUGUUUCUGGGCAGUGUAAGCAACUAUUGCUCAAACCAUGCUCCAUGCCCUGUAAUUAUUGUUAAGGGUUCUUCUUGAUGCGAUAUUCUAGCCUAAGCUGUAUUCAUGGGUUGCUCGUGAUAUGCAUGGAAUGUGUUUGUUCAACAAGAUAUUAAUCGCUGUAUACUGGAAUAAACUUUGACUGGCUGUGUCAGUGCUGUGGAUCACAUGUGUUUUGCAUUAGUUUUAGAAGUGGAUUGGAUCUUGGUUUGUGUUUUCCCACAUGUGCUGUUUACACUAUGCAGAUUUUACAUCAUGUGAGAGUGCAAGAACUAUCAGUGAAAAGUGUGAAGGGUGUCUCAUUUUAUUGUAAUUACAUUAUAAUGUCUUGGCAAUCAAUGGUUUCUUAUUCUUUUGUUCA